CUGAAAUCAGAAAUAUGGCUUUGUUUCGCUUUAUUUUCUUGCUAUUCCUCAGCAGCUGCAUUUUUGCAGUCCUUGCAGACGUUAGUGUUGAGAACUGCAGUGACAAUUCAACAAUACCCACAGCCCAAAUGUCCGCAAACAUCGAUAGCUUGGUGGCUGAACUAGCCUCAAGCACUUCUCAGAAUCGUUUCAGCAUUGCCACUUAUGGCAAAGGUACAGACAAAGUCUACGGCUUGGGACAAUGCAGAGGAGACGUGAACAGCACAGAUUGCACAAACUGCAUUCAAGAUGCAGCCAAAAACAUUCGCACAAAUUGUCAAAACCAGACUGAUGCCUGGCUUUGGCAGAAUGAUAACUGCAUCCUAAGGUUUGACGACGACCAAUUCUUUGGAAAAGUUGAUCCAUCUAGCUUUGCCAACUUGUACAAUAAUGAUCAUCCACAACAUCCCUCUGCUUUCAAGAAACAACUAGAUGCUCUUAUAAGCAAGGUCAGCUCUGAGGCUGUUGUGCCUGCAAAUGAAGGGCUUGGCAGGGGAAAGAGUUUUAGUGUCGCAUCUAAUGCUACUAUUUAUGCCUUGACCCAGUGCACCAGGGAUUUGUCCCGACGUUCUUGCUCCGAUUGUCUGAAUAUAGCCAUUGGCAACUUCUCCAAAUUCUGCAACAAUGAGAAAACUGUUGGAUGUCGAGUCCUAUAUGGCAGCUGCUAUGUUCGUUAUGAAAUUUAUCCGUUUUACUAUCCUCUUGAUUCGUAAGAGCCCUUGUC